UCUAUUAAUGUGUUAGUUAGGUAUUCUCUUUUAUUUUUAAACCGACUCUUACUGAUACGUGGGUUCUAUGAUUUUCUCUAACUUUAAGUGCCACGCCAAUGUCACGUAAACGCCACAUGAGCCAAAACAUGGUAUUAUGGUUCAAGGGUGAAUUCUAAACUCGGUGACAAAUAGAGAGACCUUAAGUGAAUUUAUUCCAAAUAAAUUCUACUCAAUUGGGUCGCGUGAUGUUUGGAUAAUGAGAAAACGAGCCGGUUAGUGGGCCAACAGUUUAUGGAUUAUUUAGGCUGUUGGUACAUUCAAACACCCAAACAUUAUGGCAUCGUCCUUUUAAAAAUUUUUAAAUAUUCCAGGACGCCCUCUUUCUGAAAAAAAUUGAGUUAGGUCAUAACGUGAAUGGUGAAUCAAACAAAAAUCCAAAAGAAAUCAUCUGUACAGCAUUAGUUGGGAAAAUUCUUGAUAAAUACUCUCUCUCACACGUAUACACAAUAAGAUGUUUUGAUUUCUAUGUCCCUCCCCUAGAUUCACUAACAUGCAUAUUAAUUUGAACACACAUAUAUGAAGUAUAUGUAAGAAUCCAUGCAUGAAUAUAUUCAAAACAAAAAACAUCUUACGUUGUGAAACGUAAACUAGGAUGAUCGAUAUACCGUAUAUAUUACCAAGUCCAUACAUGCUUGUUUGUUUCAUGGCAAGAUAAUUCAAAAACUACGUACCGUCCCGUCAAUCAUGUGCCGGGAACAAUAAUGCACCUUCUUCCUGCUGAAAAAACAAUGCACCUUCUUCUUCCUUAAAAGGAAAUUUUAUUCCACGAAUUAAGUUAGCUUGAUUUCGUUAAUUUUUAGAUAUGUCGAUUUAAUCUUUCGAAAAAAAUUUCGAAAACUCGUAGCGAUACGAUGUAUGUAUCUGCGUUCAUAAAGGUGAGUACAUGCAUAGGUGCGCGUUGUGAGACUAUUCGAGGAAUGUAGCUACAGAGAAUUGCGUCGUAGUUACAAAUACGGAGACGACUUUGAAAGGGUCAGGUCAGCUAUACAUUAUUACGAUCGAGUCAUUAAAAAUAAAUACGUUUAGGUAUACCUGCUCUGGAUCAGUAGAAGAGGAUGUCAACGAGACGAUGAUAGUGUAGCGGCAUCCAUUGCAAGAGCAAAAGCAUCGUGGUCGUCAAGGGAGAGAGAGAGAGAGGUCGUCGACCCCAAGUCAAUCCGGAGCUGUGUCACAUGGCGGCGGCAAAUCGAUCGAGCUUCUCCGUUUCUCAAUUUGCUCAGCCUUUCCGCCCGCCGGAGUCUAUCGACGCUGGCGCCGGGAGCAGUAGAAGUGGUGGCGCGCGGUACCAGCUAGCUGCGACGCUCUUGGGCGCCAUCGGCGUCCUGGUCGACUCUGGCGGGGAAGGCUAGCCUAGCUUUCUCGCCGGGGCAUAUCCCUCCUCAAUUUCCGCCCGGCUCCACCGCCACCGGUUAGCAGCGACGGGGGCUCUUCCAAUUACUUUGAUGCCACCGGCCAGCGGCAGAUGGUCCUCAUCGUAUGCUCUCGGCGGCCACUCCACUUUGAUCUUCUUCUCCAUGGUCAAUUUUUUCUGGAUAUAUGUGAUAUACCUAUUAUUUUUUUCUAGAUUCGUAGAAUUGGGAUAUAUCACAUCGAUAUAUUUUUGGACGGAGGAAGUAGCUUAUGUUGGCUCAAUUGUAUUAAUUAUGUGCUCUACUUUUGCUGUUGCGGCAGCCACGUCGUGCCCCGUUAGCUCUCAGGUCCCACCCACCUGUCACCUCUAGGAGCAACCACGUGGAAAAUAGAUUCGGGUAGGGCCUGAGAUUGGGCCCACGGCAAACCAGCGUAGCCACUGCUGUCAGAUGGAGCGACGGCCACUGUACGUGACAGAGACAUUCCGUACCACACAUGCGUAGUACUCCCUACAAGAGUGGCCGCCGCCGCCAAAACCCUCCGGUACGUGCACCGCCGUGAUUUCUCUCCGGUAAGUCCAACCUCUUCCGCCGGAGUUUUACCGCCGGCCAGCUCGUGUGUGGCCUCUUCCGCUCUUCAAGAGGUUGUGCUUAAUUUUUUACACGACAUCUUGCUUAAUUUUUUUCCAGCUUUAAUAAAUCCUAUGAUGAGUUUUGAUCGGACGACCGAUCCACCGCCCUUUGUGUGCUUUCGGGUGGGUGGGCCUUUUUAGUACGAAUCCUUCCGUUUUUGGGAAGAUCUCUUCGAAAUGCUUAGCCAAUCUGUCGGCUUCAGCAUCCGUUUUUUUUUUUCAUUUAUUUUUUUUCCUAUUUUCCCGCUAGGAGCGACAGAUGGGGUCGACUGAUAGGUCGAAUUGUUGCUUUUCGGACACAGAUCGGGAGUUAGCCACCUUUUUGUAACACUGAUCACUGAUUUAGAUGAAGUUUGUUACGGGCUUCAAGGUGCAUAGCUCCAUGAAUCAAACGUGGCGUGAUGCAUAUAUGUGUGUGUGCGAUUUAUGAUUUUCUCAGGCAUAUUGAUUCAUCUUUUCUAAAAUAAAUAAACAUAUGUAUGGUGUGUUUGAUUAUGUAUAUAAAAAAGUAUAAGACUCACAAGCAUACGCAUGUACUAGAACGGAUGAGUGAUACUGUUUAUGAGAACUUGAUGCACCCUUAUGUGUGUGGCUUCGUUGUAAUGGAAAAAAAAUAUAUGGAAGAAAAUCCAGAGGUGCAAUUGUUGCUUUCGAACAUUCAUUAAUUGUGUGUCUGUUUCUUAGAACGGAUGCGUAAUGCUGUUUAUAUUUCUAACUGAAUGUAGUGGUUGAUCCUGUUUUGCACAUCCUAUUUUGGUACAUCAUGCUUCUUGUAUGUAAGUCAAACUAAUGCAAUGCAUCAAUCUUGCCCACCGUACAGUGGGACUCGGAUCCUCUGCAUUGCUGUUGCUACUGCAGAGGAGCAUUUUUGUGCAUUAGCUCAAAUCCGAGCCAUCCAUCCAAGCAAGGACGGUUGCGUACUUCUAGCAAAACUCUAGCUCUUUCUGCUCUCAACCAUCAAAUCAAUUGUCUGUUCACACUUUAUGUCUUCAUGGCUUCAUUCUAUCAAAUUUAUCUGUUCAUACUCUAUUGUGGUGAUCUUAAAAAUGAUGUCAUGGGGUUGCACAUCACUGUACUCACGGUAAUAACUGAGUUCUAGAGAGUGAUUUCUAACUGUAACUUUUUCGUUCUCUAUGAGUAUGUUUCUCGUUAUCAAAAGUUUAUAAUAAUAUUUAGCAACAUCUAUAACACUAAAUUAGUGACAUUAAAACUAUCAUUUAUUAUAUGUUAAUAAUAUAUUUGUUUUGUGUUAAAAAUAUUAUUGUUUUUUCUGUAAACUUUGUCAAACUUAACAAGUUUGGUUAGUGACUUAUAAUAUGAAACGGGGAGUAGUUAAUUGAUUAUGCGUUAAUGACUUGUCUCGUUUUACGUGUCACUAAAAUACUAAUCUCAAUCGCUCCUUCGGACAUGACUAUUUUUAAUUAUUUAAUUUACUAUAAACUUUUAUAUAGAAAUAUUUUUCAUAUAACAUACGGUUUAACUGUUCGGGAAGCGUGCUAACGGAAAAUAAAGAAGUUACCGCUUAGAAAUUUUUCCACAAGUAGAUGUUUGGAAUAGACGGGUAAGUUAUUAAGCCAACAAAGGCAAGGGAGGUCCGUCACAACAAGAUGACCAUGAGCGAGAUGACCAUGAGCAUAGAUAUGAACUGAUGACCAUGAGCAUAGGAGGCAGAGCUAAUGUAUAUGUCACAAGAGAAGUGGAAGUAUGGAAGAGAUUGAAGCAAGAAGAAAUCACAGCCAUUUCUUUUGGAUGAACGGCCUAGAUUUGAGCUAAUGCACAAAACAUGCUUCUCUGCAGUAGCAACAGCAAUGAAGAGGAUCCGAGUCCCGUACAGUGCCAUCCUAAAUUUCCUCUUGUAGGCCUUGUUCGGUUAAUCCCCAAAAUGAAAGGAUUGAAAGGGAUUUAUCCCACACCUAUUAUAGUGUGAAAUUAUUCUCCUUUAAUCCCCUCCAAACCGAAUAAUGCCUUAGCGAAUUAUCUAUGUGGGGUUCUCGAUUAUAUAAUGUGGCAAUGCAUUUGGAUGCUUUGCCACACCAAGUCAAUCUUGUCAGUGAGAGGUUUCUUCACAUGGUGGUACAGUUAUAGGGACUUGACCCUACCCAAUAGAGACUAAAAUAUUGAUUUGAUGUCCAUAUCGAUGGACAAAUUUAUCCAUGGCUUAUAUGUGUAAGGUGUGUAUUACUUACUCCUUCCAAAUCGAUCAUCAUAUAAUGGAAUUCAAAAUUUCUUAAAUUAAUUAUCAUAUAACCGAAUGGAUACAGAUUUCAUCAGAAUACAAUUAAUGUAGCAUGAGAGAAUGUGUACAUGCUAAGGUGUGAUUGACAUGGUGUUUUAAUCGAUACAUGCAUUGUCGGAAAAUAUGUGCAUGAUGUCUUGAUUGAUAUGAUUUAAAUUAUCCUUAGUCUUCGUGCAUAAAUAUAUAUGAUGAUCAAUUUGAAAAGGAGAGAGUACUAGCUCCGUUAAAAAAAAAAUUGUAAGUUGGCUAUGCAUCUAGCCAGAAUUAUAUGCUUUUCGGGAUGGAGAUAGACAGAUAGUAAGUGGCAUAUUUAUGGACCUCUGUCGACUGUUUUCUUCAACCUCUAAUUUUAACCUGAUCCAUUAUUUAGUACGUGAUGUCUCAAUAUGUCCACUGAGUUCAUUGCUUGGUAGUGAAGAGUAAUUGUAUUGUUCAUCAAUUCAUUCUUUUAAUAUUGUCAUUAGUAUCCAAUGCUUCUUGAAACUAAUUGACCUGUGCUACUUUUUUUUGUUUACUUGAACAGCAAAAUGCAUCAAAUCAGUUACGAGAAGUACAUGCACGAUGAGGAAUUCAAACCACUCACCCAAUAUAAGGAGGCUGAACCAAUUAUGGACAACAUCAUGACUGAAAAAGCCAAGCUUGUCAGUAGAGCACUUCUCAUAGAGCUGUAUUUCCUCCACAAAAUGGGAAAGUGCCCACAGCAUUUUGAUGAAUCAAAUGUCUUUAUCAGAGAAGAUGGGAUAGCAGAAAUAAGAGAAUGUAAUCUUGAUGACAAGAGCGACUCCAAGGUAUUUGAAAACUACCAGGAUGCUCACAAAAUAAUUGUGGAAAUAGUGUUGCAACAACACAAGGAUGAUAUACCUAAAGAUGUGAAGCAUCUCCUAAACUUGAUGAACAAUCCUAAUAAGGCUAUUAGUAUGGAGUUGGAGUAUCUCAUCUGUACACAUGCUUCUCUUGUCCCUCUAAGGAACAGGGAAACAUUUUUCCUGUGGAUGUAUAGACACAUCAUGUUUAUGCUACCUUGUGACAAACCAGCAGGGGAUAUGCCAUACAAAUCUUAUUGGCACAAGAAACUGAAAGGGGAUAAUCUCCUCAAAAAAUUGUUCAGGCGGGAGAAAGAUAUGUGCUACAAAAAGGAAAUCACUGACUUUCUGAAGUCCUACAGGAAUGCAAUUGUUCAUGGCACGGACAAAUACGGUGAGGAAAGGAUAAGGUACACUCCAGAUGACAUUCAACUAAUCCUGUUGAUUACCUUCCCAAUGUUGCUGCCAAGGAUGCAAGAAGAGCUUUGGGAAAACAAACAGUUGGAAGAUUUGCAACUUGAUAGUCUAUUUGGAUCCAACAUGGACAAGGAGUUUGGUGUGAUCAUGGAUCCUUCAGCUGUUUCAAAUUGCAACAAAAGCAACAAUUUUUCCUUUUAGGUUGGAUCAAUGCCUAUAUCGGCGAAUCAAGACACGAACAAGAAUGACAUUGGUGUUGAUUCAUUGCCCACAAAGAGAGGAGUCGUGUUCCCGUUUCGAAACACACAUCAUGUCAGUUAUGCGGAGUACAUACGUGAUCUGGAAUUUAAGCCACUUAUCGAAUAUAUCAAGCAUACACCAGUUAUGCUUGUUGGUCCAACGCGUCAAAGGGUAUAUCGCCUCAUGACUGAGGAAGCCAAAUUUGUCAUCAGAGCACUACUUAAAGAGCUAUAUUUCCUGCACAAAAGGGGGAAGUGUCCACGGAAUUUUGAUGAAUCAAAUGUUUUUAUCAGAGAAGAUGGGAUAGUGCAAUUAAGAGGAAGCGAACUUGAUGACAAGAACGACUCUUUGGUAUCUAAAAACUACAAGGAUGCUGGCAAAAUAAUUAUGGAAAUAGUGUUUGGACAACACAAGGAGGAUAUACCUGAAGACGUGAUGCAUCUCCUAAACUUAAUGAACACUGGGGACAAGGUUAUUAGUAUGGAUUUGGAGUAUCUUAUCUGUACACAUGCUUCUCUAGUCCCUCUAAGGAACAGAGAAGCAUUUUUCCUGUGGAUGUAUGCAUUCAUCAUGUUUGUGCUACCUUGUGAUAAAUCAACAGAGAAAGACGAAAUCAUCAAUGCUUUGCGAAAGCUUGAUUGGGGAGGCAAACUGCAAGGUACUAGUCUGUUAAGGAAAUUUUCCUGGUGCAAGAGAGAUGGAUCCGAGGAAGAAAUUGAUUCCUUUCUGAAUUCCUACAGGGAUACAAUUUAUCAUGGCAUGGACGAGUGCAACGGCAACGGGAAAAGGUACACUCCAGAUGACAUUCAGUUAAUCUUGUGGGUUACCUUCCCAAUGUUGCUGCCAACUAUGCAGCAAAAGCUUUGGAAGAAAAAACAGUUGAGAGAUUUGAAACUUGAUGGUCUAUUCGGAUCAACCUUACAAAAUGUGUUUCAUGUGACCAGCUGUUUUAUAUGGUAAUAAAAUCAAACUUUCUGAUCAAGUUGGACCAAUGUGCAUCUCUCAUCUCUGUGAAUCAAGACAAGCAGAGGAAUGGUGCUGCUGCUAUCUUGAGCCAAGGGGAUGGUUAUUACAGUUGAUUUAUUGCCCAAGAAGAAAGGACGGGGGCUGGGCCGCUGGGGAGCUAUCAUGGUCAGUUCCAUGCCUGUGGAAAUUAAUUUGGCGUGAUCCUAGAAGGGUUUAUUUGCAUGGUUGAUGAUUGGCUUUUUCGAAGCCUUCAAUUAUCUUCUCAUCAUUUGAGAUUGAUUUGAUGCAUGGGUGGAUGGUUUAACUCUUUUCAGCUGCUAAGAUAUGAUUUGCCAUCUUCUACAACAAGAUCCUCUUCGGUUACUACUUAUUGUUGUAAGUUGUAUAGUUGAGUUUUGCUGUGCUGUCGAUUGAGCUGGGAGCAUAUAUACAUAACUUCUUCUGGUUGCUAUCUGAGACAUACACACACACACACACAAACUUGUUGAAUUACUUGGUGUAGCCGAAGUUAUACAACUGCAGCCUAUAUAUACAUGUACAGUUGUUCAAUGGAAGAUUUGGAACAUACAUACAAGUACAUUAUUGGUUACUUUGCAUUGGAAUGCAAUAAUAAGAACUAAAGUAUGCUACUAGCGCCGACAAAAAGAUGACCAAAACUAGGGUACUCAUCACCGGUGCUCUUCGUUGGUUUGCCAAAGGUGCUUGGGAAGGAAAAUUACCUAAGAUAUUUGAAACUUCAUACUUACUUUUUUUAGAUGAAGUUUCAUGGUCUGUUUUGAGCUGUUCUACACUAAAUCCGCUGUAAUUCUUAGUAUAGCCAUGCAAUUUGCAGAGGAUAUGUUUCACUUUUAUUUCUGCUAUACUUUAGAGCAUAAUGUUUUGAAUGGAUCUGUAUGUAGUAAGUGAUAAUUUGCUCAUAAUGUCCUUGCCAUUAAACAUACAAUAUAAUCCCUUGGCAUGGGCUCUAAUAUUCUUUCUGGUAUUAUUAAUUUCUACUACCACAAUAUUAUUUGUCUCA